CCUCAACGCUCGUGGUCUGUCUGUGCAGUGACUGUGGAAUAGUUCCAACUUCCUCAAACUUGUUGGUUCAGUUUCGUUUCCUUCGUAUUACGCAGCUGCUGAUCGACACAUUUCUCAAUUUUACUGGAGUCGUGUGUCUGGCUAGCAUACAUCUCCGGGACAAAUAGUCUGGAUAGACACAUUGUAGGCUAUUAUAUUGGUUUGAAAGGCGAAGAAUAGAAGCAGUCAAAAUGAAGAAGGUACUUCUGUUCGUGUUUACACUCUGCGCUAUUGUCUCAGCUCUGUCAUCUGCUCAAGAGGUUAACAAAAGAUCCAAACCUUCUGCAAGCAUCUUCCCCCCAUCUCAGUUUGGCAGCACCGCUGAACCGUCUACCACCCCCACUACCCCAGAACCCAAGACUAAUACCACCACAGCCGCUCCUACUACAACGCUCACUACGACUGCAGACCCCACCACAACAGCCAAUGCCACCACACCUGCCCCCACCACAGCCAAUGCCACCACACCUGCCCCCACCACAGCCAAUGCCACCACACCUGCCCCCACCACAGCCAAUGCCACCACACCUGCCCCCACCACAGCCAAUGCCACCACACCUGCCCCCACAACAGCCAAUGCCACCACACCUGCCCCCACAACAGCCAAUGCCACCACACCUGCCCCCACCACAGCCAAUGCCACCACAGCUGCUCCCACAACAGCCAAUGCCACCACAGCUGCCCCCACCACUACCGCCACUCCAAAACCGGAGCCCACCCCUCCUGCUAACCUGACCGCGGGAAACUACACCCUCAAGUCGGACAAGGGUCUGUGUCUGAUGGCUCAGGUGGCUCUGCAGAUCAGAGUGGAAGACACUGGAAAGACGGGAGUAUUCAUCAUUCAGCCAGGGAUGACCAAGGUUGAAGGGGGUUGUGAGAAAUCCACGGCCAACUUAACCCUCACGUUCAAGGAGGGCUUCAUCACCUUCAUGUUUAAUAAGAACACCACCCAAAACGCUGUCUAUGUCGACACUGUCUCUUUCAAUCUUUCCUACCCCUUAACACCUGGAGGGAACGGAAAAAUGUCUCCACCUUACACCGCCAAAAAUGGGUCACUGGAUCUCUUCCUCGCUAAGGUUGGCCACUCCUACUCCUGCAAGAGCGAAUCAGUUUUCAUGGGAAAAGGGCUCUAUCUGGAUGUCACCCAGGACAGGAUGCAGGCCUUCAACAUCACCAAGGAAUGGGACUUCGGCACAUCUGACCCCUGCCCCGCCGACAGACCCGCUGACUACCGCGUGGCCAUUGCUGUCGGGAUAGUCCUCCUUAUCCUGAUCAUCAUUGUGGUGGUGGCCUAUCUCCUGAGCAGACGGAAAAGAGCAGAUGGCUACCAGUCCAUCUGAAGAGCCACUCAGGGGGUCAAAGGGCAUACUGUAUCAGCUCUCAGUCUAAAUCCACCCACCAUCUUUGUUUUUGUCACUUGCUGUUAACUGUUAACAACUGUAACCACAACUGCUCACAUCGACUAACUGUACCGCUCACACAAAAACUAACUAAAUGGAUGAGAUGAGGGAAUAUUUCAGUGUUAUAUACCGGCAGUUCCAUUUUGUUGAUUUGUACAUUAAUUAAUUGAGGUGGAUACAACUUAAUGGAUCAGAUACUAGGAUUAAAAUAUACUGACUUUGAAUAUACUCACUCUGAACUCUUGGGCUGCUGAGGAUUUUGUGUACUACUGCGACAUCCAGUGUUCGUCAAACCAUCAACCAUUGUGUCUAUGUUUGUGUUGCCUCUUAUUGCAGAACAUUCAGUGCAAUAUUUCACAGUGUGCCUUCUGCUAUAGCUGGAUUUUGAAGCUACGUCGUCUCGAUUCUUUCGUAUUAUUCAUUUCUUUGUGUUUCUACUGCCGCCCUCAACCUUUAGAACAGCCUGUUAGGCUAAUUGAUUUCUGAAUCAUAAACUAGAUGGGGAUAUUAUGGGGCCUUUUUUGGGGGGGGGUAUGCCACUCGGUUAGUCAAAGGGAAUGUUUCAGGUUUUAAAAGUAAAGUUUUGUAAAAGAGAGGCAUGCUUUUGAAUGUAAAUGUCAAUUUGUGUUUUAAAUUACUUGUCUAUUCUAUUUGUGUCAAGCCUUUUGUUAAUCAUUAUUUGAUGUUACUGUUUCCCCCAUGAAGUAGUAAUAAUUUGGUAUGUAAACAUAGUGAUAAUUUUUUAUUAUUUUUAUAACAUAUUAGUCGAAUGUGACAACCGUAUAAAAUUGCAGGACCACGGAUUGUUUAACUUCCCAACUUUGACAGUGGUCAGAUAGCUUGAGGUAAAAGUUGCCUUUAACCACGGAUAUAGAAUCAGAUGACCUAAACCUGCCAAUCAUGAGGAUGAAAAAAGGGAUAAAAUAUUUAAGACUCUGGGGCAAAUUGCACUAUAAGGAAUUACAUUUGGGACCAGAAAGCACAUUGAACAAGUUCUGUCUCAUCUAAAUUUGAAAACUUUUAUAACAUAUUACUGUUCUAUGUUGCCACAGUUACAGGUUCCUAAUAUUGAUUAUGGCCUAGAUGACAAUUAUUUUAGUUUCAUUUAGGACAAAUGUAUUAUGCUAUGUUUACAUGUAAUUAUGUGCCAUGGUAUCAUCUUGAAAAAAUUGUGACAAAUGAAAUCAUCCCAAAUAAAGUUUUAAUAAUUUGUCAA